AUGAGUGCCUCAAAUCCAACACUGCCAUUCGUCCUUGUUUUCGUCCUCACUUGUCUCAGAUUGAGCAACGCCAUAUUCUGUCCACUUAAUCAACAACACUCACUUCUAAGCUUCAAGCAUUCUUUGCAAGAUCCCUACCAUCAACUCUCUUCAUGGAACGACGACGGUGAAAUCAAUAUUGCUGCAAAUGGAAGGGCUUUGAGAGGCCCAAUCAAUCCAUCUCUGCUCAAUCUCACGCACUUGACUCAUCUCGACUUGAGCCUCAACAACUUCCAACAAACUAUCCCUUCCUUCAUUGGAUCCUUCACAAACCUCCAGCGUUUGAAUCUCUCUUUUGCUGGAUUUUAUGGGAAGAUUCCCCAUAACAUCGGGAAUCUUUCACGUCUACGCAGUUUGGAUCUGGCUGGCUUUCCAAACAUCGUAUCUGCUGAUCAUCUCAAGCACUACCACAGCAUACAUCUAGCUGGCUAUCCACAGAUGGAAUAUGCAGCAGCUGUGAACAAUCCAAACCUGCUACAUGUUGAUAGCCUUGAAUGGCUGCCGCGGCUUUCAAAUAUGGAGCAUCUCAACAUGAACUUCGUGAACCUCAGCAAAGCAAACAAUUGGUUGCAGGUGAUCAACACACUCCCUUCUUUGCUACACCUUAGUCUUCAAAAUUGCAGCCUUGAUUACAUAUCUCCUCUAGCUUAUGAUCUCAAUAUCACUUCCCUAACUCUCCUCGACCUCUCUUCUAACAACUUCCACUCAUUGGAGGUCCCAACAUGGAUUUUGAGGCUCAACAAUCUUCUUAAUCUUGAUCUAAGGAACAACUCGUUUGUAGGGCCGAUUCCAACUAGUAGCAAUGCCACCAAACUCAAGUAUAUUGAUAUCUCUUCGAAUUUAUUAAAUUCCACAGUUCCUAGUUGGCUGUAUUCUUCUACGGAAUUGGAAUUCGUCUACUUGGAUUUCAAUUUCAUACAUGGCACCAUACCAAAACAGUUUACUAACUUGUGCAAAAUUCGAACAUUGUCCUUGUCCUUCAAUAGAUUUCAGGGAAAUUUGUCGGAUUCAUUUGGAAAUAUGUCAGAAUGCUUCUUGGAAGCUUUGGAAGAACUAAAUUUACAGUUUAAUCAGCUUUCCGGUACAUUGAUAGAUCAACUAGGAGAAUUCAAGAGUCUUGAACGUCUUUUUCUUAACAAGAAUUCUUUUUCUGGUACGAUUCCAAGAAGCUUGGGGAAGUUGUCAUCAUCUUUGCAAGUUUUGGGACUUUCCCGUAAUGAAUUCACCGGAGAUCUUCCCGAUAGUUUGGGCCAACUUCGCAAUCUUGAAAGACUUCACAUUGGUGGCAACAAGUUGGAAGGGGUAGUGAGGGAAAGUCUCUUUGCAAAUCUUACAAAACUAGUGAUUUUAACUGCUUCUGAAAAUAAGUUGAGUUUGAGAUUAGAUCAGCAUUGGCUCCCCCCUUUCCAACUUAAGCAACUUAGAUUAGGGUCUUGGAGCUUAGGUGCAGCCUCCCAGAUUCCUUCAUGGAUUGAGAGGCAGAAGAGUCUUUCAGAUUAUCUUGAUUUAUCUAGUACUGGAAUAUUCUCAGCUAAUGUUCCUAGCUGGUUUUGGGAGAUUCAGUUUUUGAAUCUGUCCCACAAUCAUCUCCAUGGAAACAUUCCGGAUAUCCGUGGCUCUAACAAAGAUCAAUAUGUAUACUUGAGUUGUAACCAAUUCGAAGGCCCGUUGCCUCGAAUUGGAGACAGAUUGAGAGAGCUGGAUUUAUCCAAUAACUCAAUCUCUGGAGACAUAGCUCACUUUCUAUGUGAUGAGACAUACGAAACAUACUCGUUGGAGAUCCUUCAUUUGGGAGACAAUCUAUUAAGUGGGGAAUUGCCAGAUUGUUGGAGGAAAUGGCCUUCUUUGAAAUAUCUCAACAUAGGAAAUAAUCAAAUGUUUGGAAGCAUCCCAACUUCUAUGGGGUUUCUUGCAAAUCUGUUAUCUUUGAAUCUCCACAACAAUACAUUUUCUGGCCGCAUACCAUUUUCAAUGCACAACUGCAAGAAGCUGCUGAAGAUGGGGCUUGCAGAUAACAAUUUUGGUGGAAAUAUACCGACGUGGAUAGGAAGAAGCCUAGUAGAGCUAAGGAUUCUCAUAUUGCGCUCAAACAAUUUGAGUGGUGAGAUAUCUUCAGAGAUUUGCAAGCUCAACUCUCUCCAGAUAUUGGAUCUCUCAAACAAUAAACUCUCGGGUGUGAUGCCGCGGUGUGUACACAAUUUUACUGCAAUGGUUGUGAAGAGGAGUUUGCCUGAUCUAUACAAAUUGUAUGGUGGUGCAAAAUCAAUCUAUUCUUUCUCUAUCUAUGUGGGAGGCUUCAUAGAGAGUGCAUUGAUAGUAAUAAAGAGAAGUAAACUGCAGUAUGACACCAUUCUUCCUUUGCUCACUACUAUUGACCUUUCAAACAACACUUUGUGUGGAGACAUCCCAAAUGAGGUGACAUGUUUGCUAGAGUUGAAAUCUCUUAAUCUGUCGAGUAAUGAGUUGAGAGGUUUGAUCCCUGCGAAUAUUGGAGAAAUAAAGCAGUUGGAAUCACUUGAUCUAUCAAAAAACUCUUUGUCGGGUAGAAUUCCCAACAGCCUUGCAAUAGUGUAUGGGUUGGGUUAUCUAGAUUUGUCGUACAAUAACUUGACAGGAAGAAUUCCGCAAGGCCCCCAACUCCAGAGGUUCAACGCUACGAGCUUCACUGGCAACCAUCUUUGCGGGCCGCCGUUGACAAUCAAUUGCAGCGAUGGAGAGGAGAUGAGUGAGGAAGCUGAUGAUGAGAUUGAGUGGUUUUAUGUGUUUUUAUGGUUGGGAUAUUCAGUGGGAUUUUCAAUGGUUUGCAUUGCAUUAGUGUUGAAGAAGAGGUGGAGAGAUGCAUAUUUUGGGUUGAUGGAAUGGAUGUGGAAUGAGGUUUCUUGA